AAUUUCAUGCAGGCUCUUGGAGGUGCGGACUCUCCGCGUGGCGUUGUUGUUAGCGGCUCUGGCUCCUAGCAGAGGGUCGGUGUGGCCCCCGGCUCGGCCUGCUCUUCCUCGUCGCCAUGGCGGGCAUCCUCUUCGAAGACAUCUUUGACGUGAAGGACAUCGACCCCGAGGGCAAGAAAUUCGACCGGGUUUCCCGGCUGCACUGUGAGAGCGAGUCCUUCAAAAUGGAUCUGAUCCUCGACGUGAAUGUACAGAUCUAUCCAGUUGAUCUUGGAGACAAAUUCCGCCUUGUGAUAGCCAGCACUCUGUACGAAGAUGGGACAUUGGAUGACGGCGAAUAUAAUCCUACAGAUGAUAGACCCUCCAGGGCAGACCAGUUUGAAUAUGUGAUGUAUGGGAAGGUGUACAGGAUCGAGGGCGAUGAGACAUCAACGGAAGCAGCCACACGCCUCUCUGCCUACGUCUCCUAUGGUGGCCUGCUCAUGAGACUCCAGGGAGAUGCCAACAACUUGCACGGCUUUGAAGUGGACUCAAGGGUCUACCUCCUAAUGAAGAAAUUAGCCUUCUGACCAGCUUCUGUCCCCAAAAAGUUGGAGGCUCCAUUAGCAGCUUGGGACAUUUCAGAAAAUAAUACGGAUCUGUUGCUUCCUCUGUUCUCCUUCGGAAGUGUUGGGAGCAAAGCUUGGCAACAAAUUAGAAGCACCUGUCCUGACCUAGGCUUUCCGUACGGUAUGAAGCCAACUCAUCUCGAUAAGUCCCUUUUAUUUAGUUUGCCGUUAAUUCUGCUCAAGCAAAGUCCCAGCCAACAGUAUUUCGAGAUAUUUCACUUGCAGACCUUUAUCAGUCUGGGGAGUUGCCAGGCUGAUAUCUUUCAGAUGCCACACUGUAUCAGACAAUAAUUAACAAGAAUGCAGGAACAGACCUUCA